AUGUGCCCACAGGCCCUCCUCCUCCUGGGGCUGAACCCCGUCUCUGCCUCCCUCCAGGACCAGCACUGCGAGAGCCUGUCCCUGGCCAGCAACUUCUCCGGACUGCAGUGCAACGCAUCCGUGGACCUCAUUGGCACAUGCUGGCCCCGGAGCCCCGCGGGGCAGCUGGUGGUACGACCCUGCCCUGCCUAUUUCUACGGCGUCCGCUAUAACACUACAAACAAUGGCUACCGGGAGUGUCUGGCCAACGGCAGCUGGGCUGCCCGCGUGAACUACUCGGAGUGCCAGGAGAUCCUCCACGAGGAGAAGAAGAGCAAAGUCCAUUACCACGUUGCUGUCAUCAUCAACUACCUGGGCCACUGCAUCUCCCUGGCGGCCCUCCUGGUGGCCUUUGUCCUCUUCCUGCGGCUCAGGAGCAUCAGGUGCCUGCGGAACAUCAUCCACUGGAACCUCAUCUCGGCCUUCAUCCUGCGCAAUGCCACGUGGUUCGUGGUCCAGCUCACCAUGAGCCCCGAAGUCCACCAGAGUAACGUCGGCUGGUGCAGGCUGGUGACGGCCGCCUACAACUACUUCCACGUGACCAACUUCUUCUGGAUGUUCGGCGAGGGCUGCUAUCUGCACACGGCCAUCGUGCUCACCUACUCCACCGACCGGCUGCGCAAGUGGAUGUUCAUCUGCAUCGGCUGGGGAGUGCCCUUCCCCAUCAUCGUGGCCUGGGCCAUCGGGAAGCUGUACUACGACAACAGGUGCUGGUUUGGCAAAAAGCCUGGGGUGUACACCGACUAUAUCUACCAGGGCCCCAUGAUCUUGGUCCUGCUGAUCAACUUCAUCUUCCUUUUCAACAUCGUCCGCAUCCUCAUGACCAAGCUCCGGGCGUCCACCACGUCCGAGACCAUUCAGUACAGGAAGGCCGUGAAGGCCACUCUGGUGCUGCUGCCCCUCUUGGGCAUCACCUACAUGCUGUUCUUCGUGAACCCCGGGGAGGACGAGGUCUCCCGGGUCGUCUUCAUCUACUUCAACUCCUUCCUGGAGUCCUUCCAGGGUUUCUUCGUGUCUGUGUUCUACUGUUUCCUCAACAGUGAGGUCCGCUCUGCCAUCCGGAAGCGGUGGCGCCGGUGGCAGGACAAGCACUCCAUCCGCGCCCGUGUGGCCCGCGCCAUGUCCAUCCCCACCUCCCCCACCCGGGUCAGCUUCCACAGCAUCAAGCAGUCCACGGCAGUCUGAGCCUUGGGCCGGGAGCGGUCACCCGAGCUCUGUGGUCGGGAAGAUGAUGCCAGGCGCAGCUGGCCACCCAG